AUGGGGACGGUGGAGGGCCACCACCGGUUCGCGAUCCGCGGGUACAGCCGCCUGAGGGCGCUCCUCGCCGCCGGCGAGUACGUCCGGUCGGCCGCCUUCACCGUCGGCGGCUACGACUGGGCCGUCGUCUUCUACCCGCGCGGCGCCACGCACGCCGACCGCGACCACGCCGCCGUCUACGUCCAGCUCCUGACCGACCGCGCCGCCGCCGCCGCCACCUUCGACCUCCGCUUCGUCCGCGCCGACUCCGGCCGGCCGCUGUCCGUGCACCCGCCGCUCGCCGCGCCGAGGACGUUCAGCACCGUACUCCGCUCCUCCUCCGCCGCCAUGUACGGCGUCAAGGUGGAGGCGAUACAGGCGCUCCAGGCCAACUACGUCCGCCGCGACCGCCUCACCAUCGACUGCGCCGUGCGCGUCGUCGGGAAGCCGCGGGUGUCCGCCGCCGCGCCGCUGACGGCGGCCGACGUCCCGCCGCCGGACCUCGCGGCGCACCUCGGCCGGCUCCUCGACCUCAAGUCCCACGCCGACGUCACGUUCGACGUGCGGGGAGUGCAGUUCGCCGCGCACCGGGUGGUGCUCGCCAUGCGCUCCGCCGUCUUCGCCGCCGAGCUGUUCGGCCCGAUGCGCAACAACGCCGGCGGCGCCAUCAAGGUCGGCGACAUGCAGCCCGCCGUGUUCAAGGUCCUUCUCGGCUUCAUCUACACCGACACGCUCGCCGCCAUGGACGACCUCGACGCCGACGAGGACGACAGGCGAGAGCUCGCCCGCCACCUGCUCGUCGCCGCCGACCGGUACGACAUGGGCAGGCUGAAGCUCAUCUGCGCGGACAUGCUCGCGAGGAGCCUGACGGCGCAGACGGUGGCGAGCACAUUGGCAUUGGCCGACCGCCAUGGCUGCCGCGGGCUCAGGGAAGCCUGCGUCGAGUUCGUCAUCGCCAUGGGUAUGAACGAUGAGGUGGUGAUAAGCCGGCAUCCUGACCAGCUCAGCUGUAUCUCGCUCUUCAAAUACUUCUUCUACCAGAUCGGCAGCUUACUCAAAAUCCACUAA